AUGGAGACCUGCGCUUCAUGCGCCGAUGUCGUGCCGCGACCUAUCCUCACUUGCUUCGAAUGCAGCGCCAGGAACGCUGAGGCAAUUUCGCCAGCCUACUGCAGCACCAGAUGCCGAUCUGAUCACCGCGACAUUCAUCUUCGUCACUGCAAUCAGAAAGAUGUGCUCCGAGGCAUGUAUCGGGCCGGCGAUCUCUUGCAAAGCGCAUUCUAUCUUUGGCGCAGAGUGGCUUUCGACAUGAAUGUGAAGUCAAUUGAGAAAGUCAACGACAUACUUGUCCUGCACGACGACAUCACCAGAGUUGCUGACGGCCAGACCAUAUUCUUCAAGUUUCCUGCCUCAAUGGUGCCAGAUGCAGUUGAUCAAAAGAAGCUCUUGAGUUUUCUAGCCUGCACGGAUGGAAUUGGGUACAUGUAUGAGCUGGCCAGGAGACUGCUUUCAGAUUAUGCUCUCGUCGUCGAAGAGCUUGGAUUGGAAGACCCGCGACUCGAGAACAAGCUCAAGCGAUACUACACAACCGGAGGCUGUUUUCCCAACGAUGUCAGUCAUGCAGUUCUCGCAGUUGAACAUCGCAAUGGUGAAUCAUACAUCAUCGAUCUGUCUUGUGCUCAGUUUGGGUAUUACGAGCCGGUCACUCCAUUCAACCAAUACUUUCACGGCAGAGCAGGUAUUAUCAAAGAUGUCAAUGCCCAUGGUUGUAUCAUGGUUCUACACAAGCAGGCAGCUUUUGGAGCAGGACUUUUGGCCAUGCAGCAUUUUGGGACUGGAGGAGAUCUUCGCAUCAACAAGGCAUAUCGCGAGCUGUACAAGAUCUUCAAUUCAACCGUCGACAGCUGGGAAGGAGAGCAUGAGAUCCCAGUCGCUGAUAUCUUGCGCUGCGAAGGAGAGUCCUUUGCGAGAUAUCAGCAAAGCCUACUGUCAAGAAUUGAGAGCGAGAUGAAGCGUUGGAUCUCAGAGUGGGAAGAUAAAGGCUGUCCCAUGCCUAUUCUGAAAAAUUCCGAGAAGAAAUUGACUUUGGAGGAGCAAGAAAUGCUUCCACCAUACGCACCGGUCAAGAAGGCCUCGAAAGAUCAUUAUUCCAAAGCCAUCAGGGAUAUCUUCGUAGCUGAAUAG